GCAGCCCCGUCCCCAAACAGCGCUGAGCGGAGCGGCGGGAGGUGCCGGGCCAGCAGCAGCCGCCGCGCCGUGCGAGCCCUCGCUGAGCCGGCCCCGCGCCAUGGAGAUUGAAGCGGCCGCCGCCGCGCAGGACAUGAACCUGAUUGACAUCCUUUGGAGGCAAGAUAUAGACCUUGGGGCGAGACGUGAAGUGUUUGAUUCCAGGCAGCGCCAGAAGGAGUAUGAACUCGAGAAGCAGAAGAAACUUGAAAAGGAAAGACAAGAGCAGCUCCAAAAAGAGCAGGAGGAAGCCUUGCUGGCUCAGCUGGAGUUAGACGAAGAGACAGGUGAAUUCAUUCCUGUGCAGCCAGCUCAGUGCAUUCAGCCAGAAAAUACUGAGCCACCCGUUGCUUUCUCACAGACCACAGAGCCUUCAAAACCAGAAGCAGAGGCCUUGUCCUUUGAUGACUGCAUGCAGCUCUUGGCAGAAGCAUUCCCGUUUAUAGAUGAGCAUGAGGCUUCUUCAGCUGCAUUUCAGUCACUGGUUCCUGCUCAGGUCAAUAGCAACCCAGCCUUUGUUUCUUCUGAUCAAACUCAGCCACCUGAAUCCCCUGAUCUAGUACAACCCACUGAUGCAGAGAAUAUGCAGAACAUAGAGCAAGUUUGGGAAGAAUUACUGUCCCUUUCAGAGUUACAGUGCCUGAACAUUGAAAAUGAUAACCUGGCUGAGGUGAGCACAGUGACGAGCCCUGAGACCAAGCCAGCAGAGAUGCACAACAGCUACAGUUACUGCAGCUCGGUGCCCAUGCUGAGGAAAGAUGUUAACUGCGGUCCAGAUUUCCUGGAUGGUAUGGAGGGCCCCUUCUCGGGCAUUUUACCACCAGAAGACACCAGCCAGCUGAGUGUGAACUCUUUAAAUGACACAUCCCCUUCAAACCCUGAUUUCUGUGAGGAUUUCUACACCACGUUUAUUGAUACAAAGGUGAACGGUGAUGCAGCAGCAACGAACACUAUCAGUCAGUCCCUGGCAGAGAUUCUAAGUGAACCUAUUGAUCUUUCUGACUUUGCACUGUGUAAAGCUUUUAAUGGCAACCACUCAGGGACCAGAGCAGAAUGUAACGAUUCUGACUCUGGUAUUUCACUGAAUGCAAGCUCCAGCGUGGCGUCGCCAGAGCACUCUGUGGAAUCAUCUGCCUAUGCAGAUAAGACUUUGGGUUGCAGCGAUUCUGAAAUGGAAGACACAGAUAGUGCUUCUGGAAGUAUGCUGCAGAGCAGUGCUGGUCUGUACUCUCUGCACCUCCAGGAUCAGGUGUUUUCUUCAUUAGGGCCAAGCACUCAAACAUCGAGUUUGCCACAUACAGCCACACCAAAGAAAGAACCCCCUCCUGCUCCUGGCCAACCCAGAGUUCCCUUCACAAAAGAUAAACCUCCAGGCCGCCUUGAUGCUCAUCUCACAAGAGAUGAGCAAAGAGCCAGAGCUCUGCAGAUCCCUUUUCCUGUUGAAAAAAUCAUCAAUCUCCCUGUUGCGGACUUCAGUGAAAUGAUGUCUAAGGAGCAGUUCAGUGAAGCCCAGCUUACACUUAUUCGAGAUAUACGCAGGAGAGGCAAGAACAAAGUGGCUGCUCAAAAUUGCCGUAAAAGAAAACUGGAAAAUAUAGUAGAACUGGAGCAUGAUUUGAGUAACCUAAAAGAUGAGAAAGAAAAAUUGCUUAAGGAAAAAGGAGAGCAUGACAGGAGCCUUCAUCAAAUGAAAAAGCAAUUCACCACCUUGUACCUCGAGGUCUUCAGCAUGCUGCGUGAUGAAGACGGAAAGCCUUACUCUCCCAGUGAAUAUUCACUGCAGCAAACUAGAGAUGGCAAUGUCUUUCUUGUUCCUAAGAGCAGGCAGUCGGGGACUAAACUUUGAAGGGCAGUACAGCUGGUUCCUGUUCUCUGAGUUACUAGUUUUGUAUCAUUAUCAUGGUAGUUUUUACUGUGAGGUGGAAUGCAGAAUUAAGUAAUAUUUGUCAAGUAAGUCUAUGCAAUGAUAAUUUUAAAGUUGUUGAUUAGUUUAUGGAAAAUACAAGUUGAAAAUUAAUCAGAUAAUGCAGACGGGCGUGUACAAAAUUUUUAAUCUGACUUAACAGACAUUUCCUUCUUAUAGCACCACUUUUGACUAGUUUCCAUAUAUAUGUAAAUAUUUAAAUAUACCAUAUUUAUAUACUGUUCCUAUCUAUUGUUAUAUUCAUAGAUUUGAUAUAUAUAUUAAAAAAUGAUUUUAGCCUUCUGAAUAUAAUUUCUUGCAAGACAACCAGGAUGGCUUCUUAUAUUUUUUAUAAAUAUGCAGUAGUGUUCCCCGUUUUUCUUACACAUUUAUACUUGCUUUAUAUUUAAUAUAUUAAUUUAGUAUAAAAGUUGACACUCAGUGUUUGAUUUUGCCUUAUCAGCUCAUUAAAGUUUUUUAACUCUACUUCAUACACAUUUAUUUCCUUAAAGGAGAGAAAUCCUUGCUAGUUUUCCAAGGCCAAGUCUUCCUGUAGCAUAAUUAUCAAUCACACACCAGUGUCAGCAUUUACCAAUGCUUCAUUCAGCUUUGUUUUAAUAACCUUUGGAAAGACCAUGUAACACAGUUUCAAGUCUAUGCUAAGCUCACAGUUUUUGUCUUCCUCCUUGAACACUAUGUAAAUUCAUGAGAUCUUUUUUCCAAAGGCAUUUAAAAUCUGUUAGAACAUUGCCAUCAUUAUGCCUUUUUUGAGCUAAAAUUUCUGCAGGUUUUUGAGCAAUUCUCCUAGAAAUACACUACUGUGCCUCUGACUUCAGUCAAUGAGCAUCACCUCUCCCUGCUGGUACUUUGGUGCUUAUGGAAAACUGCAUACUAGCAGCCAUCCACCUGCCCUGUUUGAAAUCUCUGCUCAGUGAAUUGAAAUGCUUUGUGGAGUUCAAAUUAUGAUUUAUAAAAGAGUCAAAAUGGGCAAAUAAAUAGCAUGGUUUUGUUUACUAUUCAAAAGAACUCAUUGCACUUGAUUGUUUUGGAUUUUUUCAAUACCUAAAAUGUAUAAUUUGUAAGACAUGUUGAUCUGAACAUUAAAAACUAUCUUCAUCCCUGUGCAAGUUCU